UACGGACGACACACUCUCUAGGCCCAGUUGGCCCAGUAACCAGUCAGUCGUAGUUGGCUGGUUGCGGCGUCAAAAAUGUACGAAGCUGAAGAAGAUGGCUUUGGCGAGGAUGAGUCCGAAGAGAUCACACCUGAUUUGUGGCAGGAAGCUUGUUGGAUUGUCAUCAGUGCCUACUUUGAUGAAAAAGGCCUGGUGCGACAGCAGCUGGAUUCGUUUGACGAGUUCAUCCAGAUGUCGGUCCAGCGCAUUGUGGAGGACACCCCACAGAUCGACCUGCAAGCUGAAGCGCAGCACACCUCUGGCGAAAUAGAGAAUCCGCCUCGCUUUCUACUGAAGUUCGAGCAAAUCUACCUUUCAAAGCCAACUCAUUGGGAAAAGGAUGGAGCACCUAGUCCCAUGAUGCCAAAUGAGGCUCGGCUGCGCAACUUAACGUACUCGGCACCACUUUAUGUGGACAUUACCAAAACAGUGCUCAAAGAAAACGAGGAAGCUGUGGAGACACAGCACCAGAAGACUUUCAUUGGCAAGAUUCCAAUAAUGCUUCGCUCCACAUAUUGCCUUCUUAACAACCUGACUGACCGUGACUUGAGUGAACUGAAUGAGUGCCCCCUGGAUCCUGGGGGCUACUUCAUCAUCAAUGGCUCUGAGAAGGUGAGCACUGUGGUCAUGAAUGAUGAUGGCGAAUUUUUCUCUUAUGAAGCAUACGCGCAGUAUAAAACUUGCAUGAAAAGCGCUGUGGCCAAUGCUAAUGCUGUCGGGCAUUUUUGAGUGGACACAUGUUGC